AUGGCCGACAUCAAGGUCGCCGAGCAGAAUGGCUCGGCGGGUCGUGCCGACAACGCAUCCCUCCUCGAGAAGCAGACGAGAACGCGCAGGUUGUUCUCAACGUCGCAACUGUUUGCGUUCUCGCUGGUGUACUUCAUCACCUGGGGAGGCCUUGGAACCAACAUGUACUUUGCCUUGAUCAACGGUGGACCGGUCGCUUAUCUUUUCAACUUCAUCAUUGUCUUUGCUGGCGUCUUGGGGCAGGCGGCAUGUCUUGCCGAGCUCUCUUCGAUUAUGCCAAUCGCUGGUGCUCAGUAUUAUUGGACAUAUGCGUACUCCCCUCCCAAGUACAGGAUGUUCAUGACCUGGAUCCAGGGUUGGGCAACCUGGCUUGCUUUCGUCGCAGGUCUUGCCUCGGUCAUCAACGGAACGAUUGUCAACCUCGAGGCCAGUGUGCAGAUCAACUUCCCCGACUAUGUCAAUGGAGGGUGGCACACCACCGUCAUAGUCAUGGCUAUGCUGGCAUUCUGCACCAUCUUGAACUGCUGGUUCUUUGGCUUGGUGCCCUGGAUUGAGCUGGGAUCUGGUAUUCUGAAUGUGGUAUUCUUCCUCAUCACGCUGGUAUCCCUGUGGGUCAUGGCUCCGCGCAAUCCAGCUUCGUUCAUUCUCACACGGACGAACUACUCCGGUUGGGAUAACGACUUCGUAUCUUGGAACGUCGGCAUGCUCACCCAGAUCUGGUUGUUCAUCAGCUUUGAAUGCGUCAUCCACAUGGGCGAAGAAACCAAGAAUGCUCGCCGUGCUGUGCCGCAGGCUAUGUUCUGGUCCAUCGUCACGAAUGGUGUUCUCGGUUUCGUCAUGAUCAUUACCUACAUUAUCUGCAUGCCGCCUGUGGAGGACCUUCUCGCAUCCUCGAACCCCUUUAUCUACUUGCUGAAGACAGCUGUAGGCUCUCCAACCGUGGCGACCGUUUUGACUACCGGCAUAACCAUCAUCGGCGUGGGAUGCUGCCUGUCUUCGUUCUCCUCCACUACUCGUCUCACCUGGGCGUGGGCUAGAGAUGGUGGACUGCCCCUCUACUUUGGUCACGUCGACGGCAAGCACCGCGUUCCUCUGCGAGCUGUUCUCCUGACCUGUGUCAUUGUCAUGCUCCUGGCCCUUCUCAACAUCGGAACAGGUACCUACAUCGCCUUCGGCGCCGUGACUUCCUUGUCGUCCCUCGGCUCUUACGUCAGCUACGCCAUCAUCCUGUCCGUAUCCCUCUACGCAAGGCUUACAACGGGCCUGAAGACGGCUGAAUGGAGCAUGGGCCGUCUUGGCCUGCCCGUCAACAUCUUUGCCCUGGUCUACACCCUGUACUGCAUGAUCUGGUUGCCCUUCCCUGUCACCGUUCCCGUCACAGCUGCGACCAUGAACUACUGCGGCCCCGUAUUCGUGGCUUUCAUGGUUGGUGCUAUUGGAUCGUGGUUCGCGUGGGCGAAGCACAACUGGUCUGGCCCCAACCAGGGCGUGGCGGAAAUCGUCAUGAAGUCUACUGGCGCCAACUGA